UUACAUGCCUCUCACAAGCCUUGAACUCGACAAUUGAGAAUCUAAGUCACAGAGUAAUCAGGCUCCGGACGCCCCAACGACAUGUGGGGAAGCCUACCGAUCACACGGACUUGCGCUUGAAUAUUGAUCAUCGACUUUGAAUUGUUGAUAUUAUUCGAUCUCACCAUCAUGGUCUAUACCAUGAUUAUCUACACCGACGGUGGUUGUAGAGGCAAUGGACAACCGUGGGCAACAGGAGCCGCCGCCGCCGUUUUCAAGACAAAAUACGGAAAAUACCGUGCCUGGACUAGAACCUUGCCUUCAAAUCCUACACCUACAAAUCAGCGCGCCGAAAUUACAGCUAUCAUCGUGGCGCUAGAGCAAGCCCUGGAGAAGUACAAUUCGCUAGAGACUCGUCCAUGGCUAGAUCUCCGGAUCUAUUCAGAUUCUAGAUACGCGGUUGAGUGUAUGAAAAAUUGGAUCUACAAGUGGACCAGGAACGGGUGGGUCAAUGCUGCAGGUAACACUGUUGCGAAUCGAGAUCUUCUGGAGGAGGCUUUCGAUCUUGACGAUAGAUUGCGAAAGGAGGGAGACAUCGAGUACAUCUGGAUUCCGAGGGAGGAGAACAAGGUUGCUGAUGGAUGCUGCAACCGACUAUUGGAUAGCUAAUGAGACACGAGGAAUCCAUCAACUCCGG